CACGUCUACCUUAGUUCCUACAUCUUUGCUCUACCGAACCACCAUGAGCUCAGAUGCCUUUUCGUCAUCAAUACGGCCGGGAUCAAGCUCGUUAUACACCAGAAGCCAUUCCAUUUACGGCAUUGAAGACCGCAUUGUUCUAGACAUUGGCUCAUUAUACAUCAAAUGUGGAUUUUCAGGUGAACCUCGGCCACGACAUAUACUUCCUACGUGGUCAAGGCAGCGUCGAUCGCAAGCAUCCGACGGAGAAGCAUACUGCAUCUCGAGCGAGUUUUCAGAGCUCUACGAAUUGGACAUGUCAACACGUUCAAGCAGCAACUACAACGCAUUCGAGCAACGCCUGGCACGCUUGCUACACGACAUCUACUAUCGUUUACUUCUUGCUGAUCCAAAAAGCUCCAAGGUCAUUAUCUUGGAGUCUCCAUUAUUACCCGUUUCUAUAAAACAAACCAUCGCCAAAGUCCUGUUCCAGAAACUCCACGUCCCUUCUGUUUCCUUCACAUCGGCUCACCUUCUCGCUCUCUUGACCAUUGGUCAGACAACUGGUCUCGUCAUCGACUGUGGUCACCUUGAAAUGACCGUAUUGCCGAUCUACGCCGCAAGGCCACUCAUCCCUUUCACCUGCUCAAGUCCUUUGGCUGGAAGGGCUAUGAAUGCACGAUUGCGAAAGCUUUUGGUGGACCACGGUCGACUCAUCCUUCCUUCAACAUUGCAUAGAAGUAUCGCACCAAGAACCCAUAUACCACAGACAUUACUUACUCCGGACGUAAUUGAAGAUAUCAAAACGAGAAUAUGCAUUGUGUCGCCUGUGCCGGUUUCGGGAGACUCACUCUCUGACCCUGUCGAUCUCUGGAAGGACUUCAGCGCCGCUACAGAUUUGUAUCACCCCAUAGCGACGACAGGGGAAGGCAAGUCAUGGUUGUUUGUUCCUGGCUGGGUUCGCGAAAGAGCUGCCGAAGUGUUAUUCGAAAACGACAACGACGAUGAUCAAAAAAGCGUGGUGGAAGCUAUUCUCGAUGCUCUUUGCAAAGUCCAACCCGAUAUAAGAAAGCCUUUAGUAUCCAAUGUUUUGCUCAUUGGAGGUACAGCCAUGCUCCCUGGAUUCAGAACUCGGUUACAUCAAGAGCUAUUGCGAGUGAUGCGAUCACCUACUGAAAGUGAGAAACGGCAUUAUUCAUCGGUUUUACGACUUCAUCAGUACCUGACUUUUGCUGAUGAAAAUGGCGGCGAUGUUUUCAAAAGCAAUGUUCGUGCAUGGAUUGGAGGCUCCUUAGCUGGUAGUCUCAAAACUUCCGGUCCUGAAGUGCUCAAAGAGCGGUGGAACGGCACUGUGCCAGACUGGUCAACUUCCGUUCUCAAUGUCGGUAAUGCUACAGCCGAUGUCCAGCAUUAAAAGUUAGACAAGUAUACUAAAUCCAUCAUACACACGCCCAUACCCUUUUUAUCUCUACUACAAUAAAUUGCUCAACCUCAGAGCUAAUGACAGCGUGUCAUUGCUAUAUCAGCAUCUUUCGUAAUAA